AUGCCGGAGUCUGGACCUGAAACCCAUUGGCAAACUUGGCCAGAACGUAGUUAACCGAAAAAGGGAGACCAGAAACACGAAACUAGCAAGAGAAGAGAGUGAAUAUAAAGGAGGCCAGAAGCAGCGGCCAAUUACCAUGUCGCUGGCCCAUCAUCUCGGCCUCUUCCUGGGCCUGUGCCUCAUCCUCCUGGCCAGGCUGCAGAUGGCCCGAGGACUGGCCAACUGCCCGACUGGCUGUGAAUGUGACGACGACACCCUAAUGGUGAACUGCGGCGAGGGCACCCUGGAUGUCCUGCCCAUCGCCCUGAAUCCCGCCAUCCAGCGGCUGGUCAUUAAGAACAACAAGCUGAAGACCAUCGACUCCUCGAUGCAGUUCUAUGCGCAGCUCACCUUCCUCGAUCUGUCCUUCAAUGACAUGGUCUCCAUCCCAGAGCGCUCCUUUGCCUACCAUGCCAAGCUGCAGGAGCUGCAUCUGGACCACAACAAGAUUGGCCAGGUGUCGAAUAGCACCUUCCAGGGCCUGAGCACCAUAAGCGUGCUCAAUUUGCGUGGCAAUCUUAUCGCCGAGCUGGAAUACCGCACCUUUUCGCCGAUGGUGAAGCUGGCGGAGCUGAAUCUCGGCCAGAAUCGAAUUAGCCACAUCGAUCCGCAUGCCCUUGAUGGGCUGGUCAAUCUGCGGGUGCUCUAUUUGGAUGAUAAUACCCUAACCACUGUGCCGAGUCAGCUUACCUUUCAGGCGCUGCCCUCGCUAGCGGAGCUUUACUUGGGGACCAACUCCUUCAUGACCAUUCCUGGCGGAGCCUUCGAGGACCUCAAGGGACUGACCCGCCUGGAUCUGCGCGGCGCUGGGCUACACAACAUCUCGGAGGCUGCACUCAAGGGUCUGGAGGCCUUGCGCUUUAUGGAUCUGUCGGAUAAUCGUCUAAUGGCGAUACCCACAGCCGCCUUUCAGACACUGGGACGUCUGGAGGAGCUGAGCAUUGGACAAAAUGACUUUGAGGUGAUCUCCUCGGGCGCUUUUGCGGGUCUGCGGGAGCUGCGUCGCCUGGAACUCACAGGUGCCCAGCGUUUGAGGCGUGUGGAGAGCGGCGCUUUCACCGGCAACACCAAUCUGGAGCACCUGAAUCUGUCCAGCAAUAAGCAGCUGAGCGAGCUGCCCGCCACUGCCCUGGGUGGACUGCCUCACCUCAGCACGGUGGUACUGAAGGCCAACCAGCUGAGCACCCUGGACGAGGGCCUGGUGCCCUGGGCUGAUCUCCAGACGCUGGAUCUGUCGGAGAAUCCCUUCGUUUGCGACUGCCGGCUGCUGUGGCUGCGCCACCUCUUGCUUAGCCGGAAUUCGAGUGGUCAGUACGCCCCAGUGAUGUGCGCCUAUCCCUCUGCCCUGCGGGAUCUGCCCCUAGCCCAGCUGGCGGAGCCCCUGUUGGGCUGUGCCCAUGGAGCGGCCAGUAAGCAGGCCAUUAUCGGUAUCCUAGUGGUGGUCUGUGCCGCCCUCAUCACAACCCUAGCCCUGCUCCUCUACACCUGUCGCCGUCGCAUUCGUGAGAUGCUGAAGGGACACUCGGCGCUGGGAAGGAAGGAGCGCGAGUAUCAGAAGACCUUCUCCGAUGAGGAGUACAUGGCCAGGCCACCGCCCGGCUGUGGGGGAGUGCAUCCGGCAGCCGGGGGCUAUCCCUAUAUGGCGGGGCAUGGCAGCAGCAGCGGCAGGCCGAUUCCGGUCACCGAACUAUAGCUAGA